CCAACCAAAAUACGAGAAGUUUCAUAGCGCUCGCGCGACGAGACCAACCGAGGGGUCUCAAGGGGAAACCAAAUUCCCAAUCCGAAUCCAAAUCCAAAUCACCUUGCCGCCGUUCCCAUUCGCGCGACGAUCUAUCUUCUAUCUGUUCGUCUUCGAAUCCUCCUUCUGUCGCCGAGUUUUCCUCGGUUUUCCCGGAUUUUCCAGCCCGGAAACGGCGGCGCACGAGGGAAACAAAAGCUUGGAUUUUCCUACCCGAUUCUCUUCCGCUUCCCACUUUUCUGAGCAAUCCGCGCGCGGCCAGUGUCUCCGUGGAAAUUUUUCUUGGUUUUUUUCCUGCCCAAAUUAAGCCAUCCCCACCAACAAGGGCGAGCUCGGCGGAGGGUAAAGUUUGCAUCUUUUCCGCGGGGGAAUUCCUCCGCCUGCCGGAGCAAAUCGCCGCCGAAUAGCCGGGAGCGGGUGGAGGAAGAGAGCGGGCAGACCGGCAUGGGGCUCGGCGUGGUGGCGCACCUGGUGCGCCUGGGCGUGCUGAGCUCUACCUCCGACCACGCGUCAGUGGUGUCCAUCAACUUGUUCGUGGCGCUGCUCUGCGCUUGCAUCGUCCUCGGCCACCUCCUGGAGGAGAACCGGUGGGUCAACGAGUCCAUCACCGCGCUCAUCAUUGGGCUGUGCACCGGCGUGGUGAUCUUGCUGACGACCAAAGGGAAGAGCUCGCACAUCCUCGUGUUCAGCGAGGACCUCUUCUUCAUCUACCUCCUCCCUCCGAUCAUCUUCAAUGCCGGUUUUCAGGUAAAGAAGAAGCAGUUCUUCCGGAAUUUCAUGACAAUCACGUUGUUCGGUGCUGUUGGGACAAUGAUAUCCUUUUUCACGAUAUCACUUGGUGCCAUAGCAAUAUUCGGCAGGAUGAACAUUGGAACGCUGGAUGUUGGGGAUUUUCUUGCAAUUGGAGCUAUCUUUUCUGCAACAGACUCUGUUUGCACAUUGCAGGUCCUUAAUCAGGAUGAGACUCCCCUUUUGUACAGUCUUGUGUUUGGUGAAGGAGUUGUAAAUGACGCCACGUCAGUUGUGCUUUUCAACGCACUCGAGAACUUUGAUCUUAACAAGAUCGAUGUAGCUGUUGUGCUCAAAUUCUUGGGGAAUGUCUGUUAUUUGUUUGUGUCAAGCACCUUCCUUGGAGUGUUUACUGGAUUGCUCUGUGCUUACAUAAUCAAGAAGUUGUACAUAGGAAGGCAUUCCACUGACCGCGAGGUGGCGCUUAUGAUGCUCAUGGCUUACCUCUCAUAUAUGCUGGCUGAGUUGCUAGAAUUGAGUGGCAUUCUCACUGUGUUCUUCUGCGGUAUUGUGAUGUCACAUUACACUUGGCAUAAUGUGACAGAGAGCUCAAGAGUUACAACCAAGCAUGCCUUCGCAACUCUGUCCUUCAUUGCUGAGACCUUCCUCUUCCUCUAUGUUGGGAUGGAUGCCCUCGAUAUUGAAAAGUGGAAGUUUGCCAGUGACAGCCCUGGCAAAUCCAUUGGCAUAAGCUCAAUUUUGCUAGGAUUGGUUCUGGUGGGAAGAGCUGCUUUUGUUUUCCCUCUCUCGUUCUUGUCCAACUUAACAAAAAAGACACCUUUCGAGAAAAUAACCUGGAGACAACAAAUCGUAGUAUGGUGGGCUGGGCUGAUGCGAGGGGCUGUGUCGAUUGCUCUUGCUUACAACAAGUUCACAAGAUCUGGACACACUCAGCUGCACGGCAAUGCGAUAAUGAUCACCAGCACAAUCACUGUCGUUCUAUUUAGCACUAUGGUGUUCGGGAUGAUGACGAAGCCAUUGAUCCGGUUCCUGCUCCCUGCCUCGAGCAGCAACGUCACCUCCGAGCCAUCGUCGCCCAAGUCCCUGCACUCCCCUCUCCUCACGAGCUUGCAGGGGUCCGACCUCGAGACGGCCACGCACAUUGUCAGGCCCUCCAGCCUCCGGAUGCUCCUCAGCAAGCCGACCCACACCGUGCACUACUACUGGCGCAAGUUCGACGACGCACUGAUGCGGCCCAUGUUCGGCGGGCGCGGGUUCGUGCCGUUCUCCCCGGGAUCGCCCAUCGAGCAGAGCGUCCACGGAGCACGGUGAGCACACUGCCAAGAAAACGAAGGAAUUUCACACGAAAAAUUUGCACGAAUCAGUACAAAUCCCGUAGGAGUCCUACGAAAUCCCCGCGUUUGAAACGGGCUGAAGUAUCUGACACGAAGAGAAGAAGGCAAGUUUUUGGUGAGAAUAGAGUUCGGGCUGCUGAUGAUCAGAUGCUGAUGCUUAAAUAGUUCAGAGCUUGAGAUGGUGCCUCACCAAUGCUGAAGAGGCACCUUCAGCUAGCUCAAGGUUAAGAGGAAUGCUUGUAACUUGGGAUUGUGAGUUAUGAAAAAGCCUGUAAAUUUUUGUAGAUUGACACCCACUUGUAUCUUAUGAUAUGUAGCUAGCGGGUCAAUACAACUAGUCUUGGGAGGCUAGGAGUUGGCCUCCUCCAUGUAAUUUACAUUUAUUUUUGCUCUGAAUUUUAAUGGAUUUGGUGUGUAAGAGUGCUUUAGGUUGGUUGGGAUGAGAGAACUUACAAUGCAAGUCAAGAUACCAGUUACCUAUC